AAAUCGUUGCAGGUAUUUAUAUUCAGUUCAGAGUUAGAAAAACUGAGUCAUUUACGUUCAUUUGGAGUUCAAACAUAUGCGUGUUUUAGAUGGUUAUUAUAUUUGUAUGAAUUUAUGCAGUAUGACAGCGGAUCUUGUCAAUAAAGAUGAAAAGAAUUGUCAUUUUUAAGAAUGGCUCCUUAGAAGAUGGAAAGGUUAUCAUAUUGCCUGAGACUGUCAAUCAAAUUCUGGAAAUCGCCAGCACAAAGCUAAAAUGUAACGCAAAGAAAUUGUUUACAGCAAAAGGUGGUUUGAUUGACGAUAUAGAUCUGAUUAGAGAUGACGAAGUUAUUUAUGUAUCUGAAGGGGAGAAAUUUAUUCGUAACUAUUCAUGUCCAUCUGUAAAUAGUGGUGAAAAUAAACCUGAUAUUUGUGUUAAGAAAGCUUGUAGUAAAGAUGAAUGGCUGACAUUAAAUGUUGGUGGGAAAAUGUUCACUACCACUAGGAGUACUUUAACAGGACAGAAUCCUGGUAGUAUGUUAGCUAGAAUGUUUACAAACGAUAAAGGUGUUGGUUGGAAGAGUAGUGUAGAUGAAAAUGGAGCGUAUUUAAUUGAUAGAAGUGCUAUUUAUUUUGAACCUAUAAUUAAUUAUCUACGUCAUAACAUUCUAGUAUUAGAUAAAAAUAUAAAUCCAUAUGGUGUUCUGGAAGAAGCACAGUUUUUUGGGUUGACAUCUUUAAUAGAUCAGUUGGAAGAGAUCAUAGAGAUGAGUCAACCACCAAAUGACGAGACACCAAUAAAUAGACGAGAAUUUGUAUUAAAGUUACUAUGUACAUCAACAAAUACAGAGCUUAGAUGUCAGGGUAUGAAUUUUACGGGUGCAAAUUUAUCAAAACUUGAUUUGAGAAAUAUCAAUUUUAAAUAUGCAGUUUUACAUAAAGCUAACUUAUCAGGUGCUAAUUUAGCUUGUUGUAAUUUUGAAAGAGCUGAUUUAUCUAAAGCUGUAUUUGAUUCAGCUAAUUUACUAGGUGUUAAAAUGUUGUGUGCUAAUUUAGAAGGUUCGUCAUUAAAGGGAUGUAAUUUUGAAGACCCAGCAGGAAGUAGAGCUAAUAUGGAAGGGGCACACAUGAAAAGUGUUAAUUUGGAAGGAAGUCAUAUGGCAGGGGUCAAUCUCCGAGUGGCAACUUUAAAAAAUGCAAAUUUACAAAACUGUGAUUUACGGGGAGCAGUUCUGGCAGGAGCUGAUUUAGAGAACUGUAACCUUUCUGGGUGUGAUCUACAAGAAGCAAAUCUUAGAGGAGCUAAUCUUAAAGAUGCUGCGUUCGAGCUGAUGUUAAAUCCAUUACACAUGGCCCAGGCUGUUCGAUAACCUAUGCAUUGAUAUCAGAUGGAAAUGGACCCUUGUGUGAAAAUCUAAAUAUGCACAACGUCUUAUUGUUUGUGUUUAGAUUUGAAGGAACUUUUAUUUACAUAUCAAGGUUAUUCACUGAAUCAUGUCAGUGAUAAAUCUAUAGUUUUGAUCUGCCAAUACAGAUAAUAUAGCCAUGGCAGCUCCAGGGGCCAGCAAAAUACACCAUUAGGAGUAUAACCUGAAUAAGGAACACAACAUAAAGUAAUUUCAAUUUAGCUUCGAUCAGAUAGGGGGAAGAUUGACUCAUCGUGCUUGCAUACAGCUAGCAUCCAAUAAAAAGAACAUAUAUACACCCUGUCCCCUGUGUGAUUUUCAUUACAUAAGAUUGGACAUAUAUUCAAAAUGGCUGCUAUUAAGAUGACCGACGUCUGCUGUUGGUAGAGCUGGGUUUUCAUGGGCUGUUUACACAUGUAAGGACACAAAAUAAAUAAUUAUAAAACCAGUUACUAAUAUUUAGUCUGAUAAUAUAUAGGAUAUAAAACGAAAGAUUUGAAUUAGGACCUUGCUAUGCUCUUGGUCACAAUCAGUAUAGGGCAGCGUUUUAGUGUAAGGGAGAUGCUGUGACUCAAUGCGUGAGGUGGCUGAGGAACAUUUUGACCUGCAUGUAAAAGAACCUUUGAAAGGUGAAAUUUCGAAAUAAGAAUAGGCUGUAUCAAUGCUGUCCAGGCAAAAUGUCCCUCAUAGCACACUGCAUGCCUAUAGCCUGGCAGGUGCCGAAGGUAGGAUGCUGAACUUCAUUUCAUUUCAACUCUAACUAAUGCUUUGUAAUAAAAUCCUAAUGUACUUAAAUAAGGGUCUCAGGCAACUAGCCUCCUGACAGCUGAAUUUUUUUCUGAAUAUUUUCAGAACUGGUUUGUGAAAUAAAAUCCAGUGUCAGUGGGGUUUUUUUUAUUUUGUAUUUUUAUGUAUAGUAACAAUAUAUUAUUUCUGUGAUGAUUCAGUGUCUAAUAUUAUAUAAAUCUGUUAUGUUCAUGUCUUAUUUAGUCCUAAUUCUUCAAUUUAAUGGAAUAAUUUAAAGCCAAAAAUAAAUUAUUUAUGUAUUUAUC